CUCUCCUUCAGAGAGAUAAAAAGGAAGUAGAGAUUUUGGCCAUAGCAGACUCAGCAGUGCCUUUUGUUCCCUACUAAGUCACAAACCCUUCUCCAAAAGCUCCGUAGAUGUUAGCCGACAGUCCAGGAAUGUUUACCUCCCCAAACUUGGAAUGAGAGGUCCGCGGUCUGCAGGGGGAUGACAUGCAUGUGUCCAGGCAUUUAACAUCAUUGAGGAUUUUAAGACUAGCAGGCUGCCCUCUGCCAAGCCAUGAUGGACAUUCUGUACACAGGCCCUGUCCCGGCAGACCGCGAGUCUCCGAUGGCGGGGAGCGAGACAUCCCCCAGCCAUGCCCAGCAUCCCUCCCCCACACAGAAACCCAACACCUGCUGCUUCUGCUGGUGCUGCUGCUGUAGCUGCUCAUGUCUCACUGUUAGGAGUGAAGAUGCCAAGCGCGGGCGGAGGAAAGCCCAGGAGACAAGGCUGGAGCCCUUUCCAUGUGAAACUUGCACCAAACCAACGGUGGAAGAUAUAAAACAGUGGUCGCAGUCUUUUGAUAAGCUGAUGAAGAACCCGGCGGGGCGGAACAAGUUCCGUGAGUUCCUGCGGACAGAGUACAGCGAGGAGAACAUGCUCUUCUGGCUGGCCUGCGAGGACCUGAAGAAGGAGAUCAACAAGAGCGCCAUCGAGGAGAAAGCGUGUGUGAUCUAUGAAGACUACAUCUCCAUCCUCUCACCCAAAGAGGUGAGUCUGGACUCCCGAGUGAGGGAAGUGAUCAACAGGAGGAUGCAGGAUCCAACCCCUCACAUAUUUGAGGAUGCACAGCUGCAGAUCUACACUCUCAUGCACAGAGACUCCUACCCACGUUUUCUCAACUCCUCCAUCUACAGAUCACUGGUGCAGGGGGGGUCACGCUCCUCAUCUGAGUCAUAGUCCCCCUCUCUUUCUCAUCCGUCUCUCCCUCUGUCUCACAUUCUGUCCAACCAUCCUUCUGUUUCUCCCCAUUUCUCUCGAUCUCUCUCCAUUGCACAAUCACUCAAGGAGAAAGUACUCCUUUUUUGUGUGUCAUUAUGGUUGGAUAAUUUUUUCCGUUGGUCAGUUGUCCUCUUUAAUUUUUGAGGGAAUCCCUCAUUUUUUGGUGUUUCUCCUGAAUCUGCACAGACUGAAACUUGAAGACACAGGGUUGAUUUCAUCCUUUUUCCCUGUACCAUCAUUCCAAGUGUAUGAGGCAGCAGCAUCAACUACUGAUUUACACAGCCAUCUUUUGACUUUUUUUCAUCAAACAUGUUUUUCUUGUCUUCUAACGUCUCUAGUUGAAGAGAGCUGAGAGGGCCUCUGCAAUAAGAUACACUGGAGUGGCCUGACCAAUCUGCGCCUCUCUCCUCAAUCCUGUCCACUGUCUCUGUGCUUUGAUUGGCUCUCUGAGGUGAGGGGCUGAGUGGUGAUUGGCUGGCUAAUUGUAAAGAGAGGAACAGCACUUUUUCCAGGUGCAAAACAAUUAGGUAAAAAAUAAUAGUUAGAGUACUAAUCAAUUUACAGACCCAGGCAGAAUCUGAUGACCUUUUUUGUAUUUUAUGCAUUGAAUUUAAAAAUGGUAAAAUGUGUUAAAUAGAGUACUAUAUUCUUAUUGGUAGCUGAACGCAUUUCACAUUAGCUAAUUUAUUUAACAAACAAAAUUGUAUGGGGCACCAGAUGUGUAAAAUGUUAUACAUGACGGACAUUCCGAUUGGUACAGAUUCCAUAUGGGCCUGAUAAUUUCUAAUAACUGAUAUCAAUAAGAUGAGAAAGGGGAGGACCACCAAUUUUAGAUAAAUAAAAAAAAAAAAAUAAAAAUAAACAUGAGAGAAUGCCAAGGUCUUAAUUAGACUGGUCACUCAAACACAUUUCAAAAUGAGUAUUUUUAAUGUUAUUUAUUUUUUCAUUAAACUGUGAUUUCUGUGUUUAUGUCUGUUUUUGUCAGAAAUACUUUUUGUAAGAGACACUAAAGUAUCAGAACAGAACCAACAGAUUUUAGGAAUCACAGGCACAAGACGUACUAUUUAAAGGUGCACUUAGUCAUUUUUUUCCUCCAUUAAAAAAGUUUAACUCCUAAAGACUUGAAUUGUAAUUUUGCAAUAUAUUUAGGAAAUCAUGACCACUCAUAUAUAUAAAAUAUGUUUUAUUCUACAUGGAGAGGGUCUGCACAUGGGGGCUGCCAUGUUAGAAUCACAUGACCAGCCAAAUAUUAUUCGCAGUCCUGUUAUUUGACACUUUCACUCAUUGAUUAAAGUAAUCAUGGCUGAUUGUGAAUACUAAAUUUCUACAAAGGCAUCUGAAACUGAAAACUAUUGAUUUAAAAUGAUGCUGUAACCAAGCCGCUAGGUGUCAGUGUCAGUCCAAGAUGACACAAAGACAAAAGUUACUGAGUGCACCUGUAAAAGAUUAUGCGCAUUAUAAUGUUUUUUUUUGUUUGUUUGUUUUUUUUUGGCUAAAUUAAAAGAGCAAUUCUCUGAAACAUAAGAUAAUCUAUUGCCACUUUUAUACAGGACACCUGAUAAAUUGCAGUAAAAUUGCUGUAUUUACCUUUUCCAAUAAAUGUAUCACAUCUGCUAUUUACACAUGCAGUAGCUUUCCAUAUUUGAUCUGUUUUGCUACCAUUCUCACAUCAGCACCAAAAUGCCAUUUAAAUGUCAGAAAUGUCGGAAAUGCCCUGCUUAGAUAGAGAGAAGGGAUAAAUUUGAAAUCGCAUGCUACCAUAAUACACUUACUAUUUCUGAUGUAUACAGAAUGUAGCCAAGCUCUUUCAUUUCACUGUCUGUUCAAUUUGACAAGAUAUCUGUCCAUAAUGUGAUCCUGAUUUUCAAAUCUUGCAUCACAGGUACACCAUUAAUAUACAUCUUUCUAUCAUGGUAAAAUACAUAGAAAGGUGUUUUUCUACACCUUUGUCUUUAAACUCUGUAUGUGUUUUUAAGGGGACCAAAUCUCCUACAAUAUUUGUCAGCAUUAGCAAAUAAGAAAAAGCACUGUGUGAGUUUUAUAUACAGUAUUAUACAGGUACCCUUACAAAGAAGCCAUUAACUAUUAUAAAACCCCAUUUUAAGACAAGAAAUCAAAAUAGUCUCUGUUCAUUUAUUUACACCCUUACUGGUAUUAUGCUGCAUUAUUAAAAUGCUGAUUUUAAAUGUUUUCUGGGCAAAAUACAAAGCACAUAUCAUUUUCACUUAGGAACAUUUCAGUUAUGUGAUGUCACACAUUUCAAGUUUAAUGCUCAGAUAGUGAAACAGUUUCAGUGUUACACAUGCACUCAUGCUAAAACUUAAUUGAAGGCAUUCUAAGUUGACAUACAGUGACUUUUAAAGGGAUUGUUCACCCCAGAAUAAAAACUUAUUGUUCCAAACUUGUAUGACUUUCUUUUUUCCAUGGAACACACAAGAAAAUUUGCUGAAAGUUAUCAUCAGUCACCAUUAACUUUCAUCAUUUAAAAAUGAAUGGUGACUGAGAGUGUCAUUCUGCCUUACAUCUCAUUUUGUGUUCCACGAAUGAAAGGAAAUCAAGGUUUGGAACAUCAUGAGGCUUAGUUUAUAACAAUUUUCAUUUUUGGGUUAACUAUUCCUUUUAACCAGCUAGAUAUUAAGAAUAUAGAGAGAGGGAGAUGAUAGUGGAAUUGGUUGAAUUGGUGUUAACACUGUGCGCUCAAAUAUUUUUUUUAUCUAAACAUUUCAUAAUGUGAAUCUGAAAGCCAAUCAGUACUGUGCAAGAGGGUCCACACAAUAGCAGAGACUUUCCAGUGUGGAUUUUAUUAUAUCAUUUGUCUUAUGUUAGCACUGAUCUAAAUAUUGAUUAAUGAAUAGUAUGUGUAUAGAAUCUCGUGUCCUCAUUCACUGGAGGUUAGUAUUUCCUAUGAGCAUCAAUUCUUAAACAGUGGUGGUUUUAUGCUCCAUGUAGUUUGAGCAAACUGAUCUGAGACCAGUAGUUGAGAGAAUUCUCAAAACAUUUCAGAACUCUCAUUUCACAUUGAAAUGGGACAAAAGCAUCCACAUCCGCCUGGUACUUUCAGGAUUUUGUUAUUUGUAAAUAUACACAUUAGAGCAAAAUAUACAAAUCUAUAUUCAAAUAAGGAAGCUUAAAAUGCAGAUUUUCAGACAGUGACAAUGUAUAAGAUUUAGUUAUAUUUGGCAUUUUUGCCAAACAUAAUUUAGAGGAACUUCAUGUACUGUAGUACCUAAAAAAAAAAAAUUAAAAAAACGAGUGAUGCCUUUAUUUUAUUUUUUUAUUUCAUCGGUUGCAGUAUGCAUGAUGUACAUUUUUGAAUAUUUGUGUAAUAUAUGUGUGUAUAUGGGUAUAUAUGUACAUGAACUUAUAUUUAGUAUUGCUCUUGUUAUCCGACAUGAUGUGACCAGUCUAACUUAAGCCAGAUUUCUGAAUGUAUGGGAAUGUGUGUGUGUCUGGUCAAACAGUUAUGUAUAAGGUUAAGUGAACUGUAGUAAGACAAUGGGAGAGAGAUGUCAGUAUCAUUAGGGCCUUUGGAAGCACACUCUCAAUAUGAUAUUACACAAGGAUACGCACAGUUAAAUACAAUCUUAUUCUUUAAAUAAUAUACGCUUUAAAACACCGUAAAAGAGGGAAGUGUGCUGGUGGACCUCUCAGAGUUUCACAUCGCAUGUGCAAUUUGCGUUCACACUGAACGCAAUUAAAUUGCUGGAGGGUCGCCGAGUCACUGUACUGUACAACCACAGCAUAGUAUCAGAAGGCGGAUCACAUGGUCACACUGUCUCCACUCCCAUUGGUAGUCACUGCUCAUUUGCAUAACGUUAAACUUUGUCGCAUCCUCAAUGGUAACUGUUGCUUACGUUGCCUCAAAUUGCAAACUCGUCAAAAUGAAUGACUUCCUAUGGAUUUGUUGCUGCAAAUCACUGUCAGUGUGAAGGACAAAAUUCGAACACUCCUAGUAUAAUCUACAAAGCUGUCUAUACUGCAUGUGUGAAACAUUUAGAAAGCAAAAACAUUACAUUGAAAAGCACACUUGCAGUGUGGAAAGUUUUGCUGAUUGUAAUAGGUACUUUAUAUAACGUUAAACUCUGUGAAACUUUGUUGCAUCCUCAAUGGUUACCAUCGCUCAUGUCACCUCAAAUUGCCAACUCAUAAAAAAUCAACGACUUCAUGUUGCUUUGUCGCUGCAAAUCACUGUCAGUGGAACAUACAACACUAAACGAUGCAAUCAGGACACUCUUAUUAUGAUAAAUGGAGCUGUGUAUGCUGCAAGCUUUGAGAAGGCAAAAGAAUUCUUGCAUUAUGGACAGCUUUGUUAAUUAUAAACCUUCAGAAUGCAAAAACAGUACAUUGAAAAACACGCCUGCAGUGUGGACAGCUUUAUUGAUUAUAAUAGGUUCAUUCUUAUUUGUCGCAACAUAGCUGUCUACACUGCAAGUGUGCAAAACAUUCAGAACGCAAAACUGGUACGUCAAAAAGCACACUUCCGGGACAACUGCGUUGAUUUAUAGGUGCAUUCUUAUUUGUCGCAACAAAGCUGUCUACACUGCAAGUGUGCGAAACGUUCAGAACGUGAAAAUGGUAAAUUGAAAAACACGCUUGCAGUGUGGACAACUGUUGAUUAUAAUAGGUGCAUUCUAAUUUGUCGCAACAAAGAUGUCUACACUGCAAGUGGGUGAAAUGUUCAGAACGCAAAAAUGGUACAUCGAAAAGCAUGCUUGCAGGAUGACUUCGUCAAUUUUAAUAGGUGCAUUUUUAUUUGUCGCAACAAAGCUGUCUACACUGCAAGCAUGCAAAACAUUCAGAACGCAAAAACAGUACAUAGAAAAGCAUCCUUGCAUUGUGGACAACAUUGUCAAUUAUAAUAGGUGCAUUCUUAUUUGUCGCAACAUAGCUGCCUACACUGCAAGUGUGCAAAACAUUCAUAACGCAAAACUGGUACAUCAAAAAGCACGCUUCCAGAACAACAUCAUCGAUUUUAAUAGGCGCGUUCUUAUUUGUCGCAACAAAGCUGUCUACACGGCAAGCGUGCAAAACAUUCAGAAUGCAAAAACGUUACUUAGAAAAGCAUCCUUGCAUUGUGGACAGCUUUGUUAGUUAAAAUAGGUGCAUAGGUAAAAAAAAAAAAAAUAGGUGUUUUGCAGAGUGCGAAAACGGUAAAUAAAAAAAACACACUUGCAAUGUGGACAACUGUUGAUUAUAAUAGGUGCAU